UUUCAUCUCAGCUAAUCCAAUAAAAGGUCUCAGACUCAAACCUGAGUAGAAAUGGCAUUCUCCGGAGUUCUGAAGGAUGCUGACAUCACUGCAGCCCUUGCUGCUUGCAAAGCUGCCGACUCCUUCAAGUACAAGGAGUUCUUUGCUCAGGUCGGCCUGGCCUCCAAGUCUGCCGACGAGGUCAAGAAGGCCUUCCACAUCAUUGACCAGGACAAGAGUGGCUACAUUGAGGAGGAAGAGCUGAAGCUCUUCCUGCAGAACUUCUCUGCUGGUGCCAGAGCUCUGACUGAUGCUGAGACCAAAACCUUGAUGAAGGCCGGAGACUCUGACGGUGACGGCAAGAUCGGAGUUGAUGAGUUCGCUGCCAUGAUCAAGGGAUAAAUCUUCUCACUGACCAACAUCUUGCUUGUCCACACUGGGGGAACAAUAGAGCCGAGACGAACCCCUGCUCUUCCUGUUCUUCUCCUCUUCCCUCCUCUCUCCCUCUCUUUCUCUCUUCAGCUCUUCACACCACUUUUAUAUAUGAUAUUUUAUCUGGCUGAAAACCACCCGCUCUCUCUCUCU